AUGGAACCAGAGAACCAAACAGCUACUUCAAAAUUCAUCCUUCUGGGACUGUGGGAAGAUAAGGCCCUGCAGCCUCUCCUGUUUGGGCUGUUCCUGUCCAUGUACCUGGUCACCAUCCUGGGGAACCUGCUCAUCGUCCUGGCCGUGAGCUCUGACUCCCACCUCCAUACCCCCAUGUACCUCUUCCUCUCUCACCUGUCCUUCAUGGACAUCUGUUUCACCUCCACCACGGUUCCCAGGAUGUUAGCAAAUGCCCAGGCACAGAGCAAAGCCAUCACCUAUGAAGCCUGCAUUACUCAGGUGUACUUUUUCAUGAUUUUUUCUGGGUUGGAUAGUUUGCUACUGACUGUGAUGGCUUAUGACCGCUUCGUGGCCAUCUGUCACCCGCUACGCUACACAGUCAUCAUGAACCCUCGCCUUUGUGGUCUUCUGCUUCUGCUUUCUUGGCUAAUCUGCCUGACAUAUUCUUUGCUGCAGAGUUUAAUGGUUUUGAGGGUGUCUUUCUGCAAAGAAACAGAAGUCCCUCACUUCUUCUGUGAACUUGCUCAGAUCCUCAAGCUGGCCUGCUCAGACACCCUUGCCAAUGAUGUCCUGCUGUAUUGUGUAACUGGCCUUCUGGGCAUUAUUCCCCUGUCUGGGAUUCUUUUUUCUUAUGCUAGAAUUAUCUCCUCCAUAGUGGGCAUUUCAUCUGCUGGAGGUAAGUACAAAGCCUUUUCCACCUGUGGGUCUCACCUCUCAGUGGUUUCCUUGUUCUAUGGCGCAGGCCUUGGGGUCUACCUCACUUCUGGAACAGCCCAUCCGUCCAGAAAGGGUUCAAUCGCCUCGGUGAUGUACACCGUGGUUGCGCCCAUGCUGAAUCCCUUUAUCUACAGCCUCAGGAACAGGGAACUGAAGGGAGCUCUGAGGAGACUUCUUCAGCCAAGGGGCUUGCUCUCAGAGAGAGAGACAGGGUUUAAGUUA